ACCACAAUCCCAUUAUCCACGACAUCCAGCAUGAAAGCACUCAGUGGCAGUGCUUCUUUCACUGUGUCAUCUUCACCUUCAAUAACCACAACCCAAUUUUCUAACCCCAUUUUCACCUUCCCAUAUUCUUAUAGAAAACCCAACUCACUUUCACUUUCACCCUCUCUAAUCCAAUUCACCAAACCUAAAUUCACGGCAACUGUUUCAACAACCGAAACCGUUGAGCAAGAUGAGAAGUUUGACUGGUUUUCCCGCUGGUAUGCCAUCAUGCCUGUGUGUGAUCUGGACAAGAGGGCCCCACAUGGGAAGAGAGUGUUGGGUGUGGAUGUUGUGGUGUGGUGGGAUAAGAAUGAGAGUGCAUGGAAGGUUUUUGAUGACAUGUGUCCUCAUAGAUUGGCUCCACUUUCACAAGGGAGGAUUGAUCAGUGGGGUAGGUUGCAGUGUGUGUAUCAUGGUUGGUGUUUUAGUGGCUCUGGUGAAUGCAAGUUGAUUCCUCAAGCGUCCCCGGAUGGACCUCCGGUUCAUACGUUCCAAAGAGCAUGUGUAGCUGUUUAUCCAAGCGUUGUUCAAAAUGGAAUUGUUUGGUUUUGGCCGAGCACUGAUCCUCAAUACAAAGAUAUCAUCACAAAGAAGAAACCUCCAUACAUCCCUGAACUUGAUGAUCCUUCGUUUACCUACAAAAUAUUUCAAAGAGAUAUAGCAUAUGGAUACGAAGUCCUGAUUGAAAAUCUAAUGGACCCUGCUCAUGUUCCAUAUGCACAUUAUGGGAUAUUAAGGACACCACCGCCUAGUGUUAAGGUUGAUCGGGAAGGGGGUAGACCUCUUGAUCUAGAUGUGCAACAAAUAGACAAAAAUGGUUUUACUGCAAUCCAGCCGUAUGGCCGAUCGCAAUUUGUUGCUCCUUGUCUCUAUUAUGGUUAUUACGGUAGUGGUAUCACAACAAGUGCUGGAAGUUCAGAUAACAACACGAAGGGGAAAGUAGCACAAAAACCAGCCAGACGGACGCUUUUGAUCUUUAUCUGUAUGCCAGUGAGUCCUGGUAAUAGCAGAGUGAUGAUGAUUUCCCCAAGAAACUAUAAUAUUUGGAUGGAUCGACUUCUUCCCAGAUGGAUGUUCCAUACUGUGCAGAAUUUGGUUAUUGAUUCAGAUUUGUAUCUUCUUCAUGUUGAGGAGAAGAAAAUAAUGGAAGCCGGUCCUUCUAAUUGGCAAAAACUCUGUUUCGUGCCAACUAAAUCGGAUGCUAAUGUGGUCGCGUUUAGAAAGUGGCUAAAGAUAUACGCCGGAGGACAAAUCGAUUGGGGAAACAAGUUUACUGGAUCUCUUCCACCCACCCCUCCUAGAGAACAACUUAUGGACAGGUACUGGAGCCAUGUGGUGAACUGCAGCAGCUGCAAUGCUGCAUACAAAGGUCUUAAUGCUCUUGCAGUAUCACUUCAAGUGUUUUCGUUUGCUUUAGUUGCUAUCGUCGGUGCUACCAAACAGGCGAUGAUAUCAAUGGCCGCAAGGAAUACACUUGUCAUUGCUGCAGUUUUGUGCUUCGUGGGAUCAAAAUGGUUGUCUCAUUUCAUUUACAAGACUUUCCGUUAUCAUGGCUAUAAUCACGCGUCUUAAACGAGGUUGUUUCUAUCUAAUAGUUGUUUUUAUGCACCCAUGGUUGUACAUGCCUUUAAUAAAAACCUUUUUUGUUUAAAA